GUCGUAAACUUAACAAUUUACAUUGGAAACUACAUCAACGAAAUGAAUGUACCCAAUUGGAGAUCUUUUAUUAAUGCGACGGGUUCCGCAUUGCUGAAAUGCGUUACAUUUAUGACAACAUUGAAAACAGAGAACAGUGUACAUUGUGAUAGUAUAAACGAGGUGCUUUUCUACGGAGCAGAAGAUGAUAAAAAGUCGGAAGAAAUCGGAACAAACAAUCUGUUGUGCAUUUACUAUGUGGUAAUCCACGCUUGUCGUUCAAUAGACGUUUGCUUACCGACUUUGAACAGUGAUACUAUAUCCAAAUGUCUCUCAAAUGUGCAUAAGAGAAACUGUGUAGUUAUACGAAUAGUGUUGUAUAACGCCGACAACCAAGAUAUAGUGCAAGGACUUGUGAAACAAGGAAUUGCUGUGAAGAUAGUUAAUUUAGCGCCAAAAUUGGAACACGAAUUUAUAAUCAUAGACGCGAUUGAUGAAUGUAAAGAUGCAGUGGCGGUACUUGGAUCGUUAGAUUACGAAAUAUCAAGAGUAAAUUGUAACAGAGAUUCUACUCUACUUACAUCUGAUUUUACAGUGAUUCAUGCUUUAAAAAAAGAAUUCGACAGAAUAUGGUCUAUUGAAGAAAUUGUUGAAUUGAGUUGA